AGGAGACGGGCGCUCGCUUGGUCUUCAGCAAUCGCAACGACUAUUUCCCUGACACGAAGUACCGGGUGAUGGGGAUCUAUGCGGACGACGCCAAUGCCAUCCUGGAUGUGUUCACCUGCGUCAUGCCGCAGCUGGUCUCCUUUGGCGACGAAGAGCGGAAGAACAUGCCCACCGGGCAAACGGACCUCUGUGGCAAGGAGCCCGGAGAGUACAUUUUCAGGUUUGCCUUGACUCGACGGAUGCAGAGUCAGAUUGUGGGUACGCAGGGGAACAACAUCAAGUUCAUCCGUUCGGACUCGGGCGCGAAGGUCUUUGUGGAGAAUGAGAGCAUCAUGGGGCACCGUGCAGGCAAAGUGAUUGGUACGCCUCAGACGAUCCUCGCAGCCUUGAAACACAUCAACGAGUUCGUGCAGUGCGAGAGCGAAUUUGAGGAAGAGUUUUACCAGGGCUACUCUCGGAUCGUGAACUUCACCGAGGCCGCUCAACGUGGAUGGGAGCCGCCCCCUGAGCCCAAGGACAUGGACAAGCCCGGGGGAAACCGCCGUCUGGCGGGACCACAGGGCGUCACCACCUCCGGCGCACGGGUGCCGAGCCGAGUGGGCGGGGCUCGCGGAACGGACGACGCGGAACGACGCGUUCGGGCGAGGAAGAGGCGACGCAGUGCGUGGUGUUUUUCGUGGUUUUGCCACUCAAAGAAGAGGAAAGUGAAGAGGAAAGUUCGGUUCGCCGUUUCGUUGCGGGAUGAUCCGGGUUAAGGGACAAGGAAACUCAGAGGUCUGGUGCUUCAAGGGUUCACCAGUCCCAGAGCUCAGCUAGGCCACACUAGGCCGAGGCCGAAACCUUUGGAACCUGUGCACGCUGCAAAGGCUUCACGCUAGGCCCGUCAGACACGAGGAAGUGCUUUUUGGAGCCGAUAACUCUUGAACUUCAUGGUCCCGUCAGACACGAGAGCGACAGCGCAGGACGAGGAGCAGCAACCUCAAGGAGUUGAACGGGAUGAGAAAAAAAGAGGAGACAUCACCUGGGACCUUCAAAAGGUUGCUCAUCACAGAAAUUCCGCAGGUCUGGGCUUGUCCAGGUGGUGGCUGCGAGCAUCAAAUGUGUUUGUCCUUCAUCCCAAAUGGGAGAAGGAUUGAGAAGAAUCACGGAUGAUUCCAAGCAGGUCCAAUGACUCAAGUACAUGGUAGCCCCACUUUUAAGAGGCCGUGGAGUGGAGUAAAAUGUUUGGAUGAGGUGCUGUUCAAGAUUGUUCCGAAACCACCGCGCCACACACCACAAACCAGGGUGUUUUGCUCAUUUUGUCUCCCCAGUCGAGGUCCGCCCAUAUUAAUGGGAAAAAACAGGUGGCUUCCUUGCAGUGUGGUACGACUUUUGGGGGGAAGAGGGUUUCAAGUUACUCUAUUUUCGUGAACAAAAGACCUUCCACAAAGUCUCUGCGAAGAUGCCUGUUUUUGGAACCAUGGCGUUCUCGUUGCAGUGGUGCUGCCCUUUUUUCUGGAAGAGGGGGAAGAAAGAACUGUUGCUCCAUGUCAUUCAUGUUGUCUUGAAGUUCAUGUCGCACAUGGACGAAACGUGCCCCAGAUCGCCCAUGCAGCGCUGCAGCACGGCACGGAUCGCCCGUCAUGCAAGCACGUUCACAUGAUCCGCUCUCAGUGCUUCCGCCACAGGAGCCGCAGGUGUAAGGUUUCGCUGCCAUCCUGUUGCGUUCACGGCUCAAAAUCCGACUGUCGCUCCAGAACUGGAAUUCGACUCCAACUGGAGCCACUCCCCACCCAACACGUCACAUUGCAGUGGCCUGUAGCACGCAAACCGAGCACCACUAGCCUCACCCGAAGACAUCGCAUCAAAGCAGUGGCGUAGCGAAACCUCCAAAACGAACGAAAGCGCACGGCCUCUUAACAGGGGCCCCACCAAAAACAGGGGGAGUCUGACCCAGUAGAUGCCACAGGUAUGUUUUUGAAGGUCUUGAGAACCGGCGCUUUGCCUGCCAUUUCACAAGGUGAGUCAUUGUGGGAUCCAACACAGGUGAUCCAUGCAGGGCAGGAUGUGCCGGGCAGGGUUUCAAAGACGCCGCGAACGGAGUGGUGCGCCUCUCCACUCGGUGGAGUGAUCAGCAGACCCUGUUGAGACCGGGUUCCAAUCCACUGGAUCGUGGCUUGUCUCGAGCUGCGGAAGUGCGCAACACGUGGAGUGAUCAGCAGACGUUCCGGAAGACUCGACCGUCUGUGGCUUGUCGGGAUUGGAGUCUAUGUCGACAACGUCAUCCUCAGGAUCCGAAGUGGUCCCGAAGGUGUUGGGAGUUGGUCAAGUCAGAAUAUUUGCAGAGCAAAUCAUGUAGACUCUUAGAAUAUGUAAUAGCCCCCUCAGACAUGGAUUAAAGAAUUCUGUUCAUCCUUCUCUAUCUCCACCCGCCUUCAAUCUUAUGACGUGCGCUCCUAGGUGGUGCACGGGAAGUCUGCUGGGUGCCAAGUGCUUUCGGGACCCAGCCACCCAGGUGCAGGGCCUGCAGGGCCAGCAUGGCUUUGAUCAAUCCGUAGGAUCCUUGGGGGUCAAUGACCUUUCCAAGGUGGCUUAGGGUGCCAUGGUUUAGGGGGUGGGUCUAACCCAACUACCUUCUGAGAAGGUCGUUUUCAAUGACCUUUCUUUUUCCAAGGGUGAUUUGGGGUGCUUGGGGCGCCUGGAAGUACCGUGCGAGAAGGUGCUUGGAGCUGGAAGGCAUAUGCCACGGCCUAGCUUUCUUGUACGACUACAGUGUUACAUUACGUGCGGAAGUGGAUUUGCUCGCUGCGCCUGACGUCUUGCGACUCAGCCCGAUGGGACUCAGCUGGUCACCAACACCUUGUCAGGUAGUCUUGGAUACAAUUCCCAGACACGACACAUGGGACUGGCAUAUGAAUCCAUACUAUUGGGGUGGUUGAAAAGGGGUCUGUUUGGGGCGCUAGAUCUACCAGUCCCAUUUGGUUUGCUUCCAGCUCGUUCAUCCCACUGCUUGCGCCUUGCGCAUGAUGAAGAGCGCGCUCGUCCGACCCCUCGGAGCGUCGAUUUCGAAGUACCCUCCCUGGAAUUAACAGGAAUUAACAUGCUAAGUGGAGUUCACCCCCUGGUUGUAUGAGGAUUUCAUGGUCUUCCUUUCGGGGGAAAAAAACAUCCACCCACUUCCAUGUGAGUUCCGAGGAGUGUAUUGCUUGGUACUCCAAGUGCACCCCCGUCUUUUUCUUUCUUUCAGGUCGGUGACUCGACUUCCACAAACAGUUAGGUUUCAUGACUUCGACUUCCACCGUCCACUCCCCCCAACAAAAACAGGAAAAAACAACCAACAAGUUGACGACUGUUUGCGUUUCUUACCUAUACCCCAUACACUCCAUAUAUGAUAUGCCUACAUUAGGCUGGUUUGGAGGGGUCAAUGUAGGCAUAUAUUGCAUACAUGGAGUGUUUGGGUACAGCAUAGCCGCACAGCGCAGGUUGUGCUCUGAUUUCCUUCGUCGCACCGCCUCACCUUCCACACCGCGACACCGGCCGCGACGACACCGAGGGCAAGGGCGACGGGCGGCCCAGG